UGAUGCACUUCUAGGGUGUGGCUUGGCCCUCCGAUCCCAAAUCUCCUCCCAAUCCGCUGCAGCGCUCGCCCCUCGUGGAAAAGCUACGUACAUUGACUUUAUAAAACUUCCCCGCAGCGUUCGUUUUUCUUUUCCCCCAGUGGGUUUGACUUGAAGCUCUUUACUGCGGGCUUCUACGACUUCUUAGCGGCCGCAUCUACGUUGUCAACUGCCUAGCCAGACUCAAAGGACGAAGUUGUCUUUACCUACGGCCACUGGAAAGUUCCCCUUAUCUAUAUUCGCUACGUUUGAUUACAAAAGAAAUACUAUGGCUGUUGAUACGGCUACGCCCCGGCCAGGCCGUGAGCGGAGGUAUGUGAGAGGACUUUGGUGGAAGAGGCGCAAACCUGCAGCUGAGAACUGCGGCAGUAGCUGGUCGCGCGGUAGGGCGUAAUAAAUCCCUCUAAAAAUGGGUCGCCUUUGCCGUAGGUCCACUGUUGGUGGAACGACUCUGGGAGCUCCUGCGGUUUCGACCUUGACAGGUGUGGUGGUCGAAACGCCUCCCCGGUUGCCAGUGGUUCACCUGGAAGCUGCUGCGCCGUGCAACGACUCUUUGCCGGUUGCAUUGCACACACCCUCACCCAAAAAGAAGCGAUGGGUUGCGUGCAGGGAUUCUCUUGCUAAGCGGUUACGCAUUGGGAAGGUUGGAUCUCGACGGAGGCGUCGUCACGACAACAAUCAUUUCACAGAUCAUCCUAUUGUUGCCACGUCAAAGCACGAUCCUGAUUUCCACAGUCCGCAAGACAUGAACCCUGGAUACCACAUACCCCGACCUCCCUGUGCUUUUUCUGAAAUUUCCAAAAAUGAACUUUAUCACGCUAUGAUAAACGCAUCGACGGACCAACCCCAUCGGAUUCACAUCAUUCAUUACGCUUCGACUCGUGGGAACCGAAUGGCCCCAAGAAAGAUUGUAGCGGGUGAAUCGAAUCUCACGAAAAAUGAUCGUCGGUUGAGGCAGCACAUUCGUCGUACCGGAUGUGCUCAGGAAUCCAUCAAAAAGUUUGAACAGGUUGUCCUCAAGCAUGCUUUUGUCGCUGAGAAGGAUGACCAGGACGAAGAUGGAUGGGUUCGACUUGAUGCCGCAGAAGUAGUGGAAACGGAGUUUGCUGUAAAAAAUGCAAGCUCGCCAGAUCCCGGGCCCAUCUGCCUAGAGAUUAGGGAUAGUUUUCUCCGCUUACUUGUUCACGCCAUGUGCCGUUAUUAUUUACUUCCUUCUCACAGUGAGGAUACCGUGGAUGGCAAGCGCUUUACUUACAUUCAUCCUCCUGGGUCGUCUGCCUUUGACAAGUUGCGCCCGUGCAAGUCAUUUUUUGAUUACCUCUUUGCAUGAGCAACUUGGACAGGGGAACGUGUCGAUAGACACGAUUCGGGUCUGGAUGACCAGAGAUUUAUCGCAUUGGGUGAAUGCGGUUUAGGUGUAUAUGAAUGGCUGACCAGGCUUUUGGAGUAACUUAUGUUUAGUAUAAUAAGGUCGUGCUUAUUAUCUGUUGAUAUCUUCAUCUUGUGAUAUGUCAUCUAUGAACGAGCCGCCAGUGACAUUACCGUCGGUGGAUGCUUCCUGCAUGACACAUUCAAAGCGGAUCAGUUGUUUGUGCGGAGGGACAUGAGCUUCCGAAUUUAGAAGGGCAAAGAACCAUCGGUCGAUAGGAGAUGCAAAGUCUGGCGGUAAUCAUUUGCCAUCAAAAGUAUUUUAACUAUCGACUUUAUCACAACUUCUGGCGUUAUUGUGGUUUGAAAAUACUUUCUAAAUGAUGCGAUAAUAAAGACUUUUUACUGGGAUGUACAGAUAAUUCAGUGUAUGGAAAAGUGCUUCCGUAGGCAAUAAAUAAAAAC